AUGUCCACCCUUGCAGAGCUCGUGCAGGAAUGGAUUCGGUUGGAUAAAAAUCCAGAGACACGAAAAGAGAUACAGACUUUGUGGGCUGCAGGCCAAGUCGAGGAAUUGGAAAAGAGAAUGAGCCCACGCAUCGAGUUUGGCACAGCUGGAUUGAGAGGGAAGAUGGAAGCUGGAUGGUCACGAAUGAACGAUUUAAUUAUAUUACAGGCCUCUCAAGGUCUUUGUGCGUAUGUUAUGGCGAAUGUACCUGAUGCUCGUACCCGUGGGCUCGUCAUUGGUCAUGAUCACCGUCACAACUCGGAUCGCUGGGCUAGACUCACUGCCGCAGCAUUUAUUGAAGCAGGAAUGAGGGUGCAUAUGUUCUAUGACCUAGUCCCUACCCCAUUGGUACCUUUCAGUGUCAAGAGGUUACGGGCUGCUUGUGGGGUGAUGGUUACAGCGAGUCAUAACCCAAAGCAAGACAAUGGGUACAAGGUCUACUGGGAAAAUGCAGUUCAGAUCAUCGCCCCACACGACCAAGGCAUCUCGGAGUCAAUAAAAGCCAAUCUUGAGCCCAAGGUAUGGCCAACGACCGAUUUACCCUCGGAGCUUUGCGCAGAUGUCGGCAACGCCAUGCGAGAAGCAUAUUUCGAGUCGCUUCAGAAAGCAAAUUUGACGAGGCAGGAAGAGUUGAAUGCCUCCCUGGGCGUGAGGUUUGUAAACACCUCGAUGCACGGGGUAAGCGAUCCAUUUAUCAGGCGGGGGUUUGAGGUCUUUGGAUUCCCCCCGUAUUUUCCUGUUCGAGAACAGCAGCGGCCAGAUCCAGAAUUCACAACUGUUCGUUUCCCUAAUCCAGAAGAGAAAGGUGCACUGGACCUUGCACUGGCGACCGCGGACAAGGAGGGCGUGAAAUACGUGCUCGCUCAAGACCCCGAUUCGGAUCGGUUCUCUGCGGCAGAAAAAAGUCCAACAGGAGAGUGGAUCAAUUUUACAGGAGACCAACUCGGCAUCCUCUUUGCCAGUCAAGCGCUUGACAGAUACCGAGGGUCCGGGAAAGCGAUCGACAAGCUGGCAAUGGUCGCCUCUACUGUAAGUUCCAAGAUGAUUGAAGCUAUGGCGAAGCGCGAGGAUUUCAAGUUUGUUGAGUGUUUGACGGGUUUCAAAUAUAUAGGCAACACUGCCCUGGACCUCGUGAAGGAAGGAUAUGAAGUGCCGUUCGGCUAUGAGGAAGCCAUCGGAUUCAUGUUUGGCUCUGAAAUCAGGGACAAGGAUGGAAUAGCAGCGACGCUAGCGUUUGCAGAACUUGUCACCGCCCUUCAGUUUAAAGGACAGACAGCUUACGGAUACCUCCAGGAACUGUACAAGACAUAUGGUUACUUCAAGACAAGCAAUAGCUAUUUUGUUUGCAACAACCCAAUCACGAUUGAUCGAAUUUUUCACCGCCUACGAAAUUACUCGGUUCGGCUUGAUCGGACGUAUCCCACUGAGAUUGGAGGAUUGGAGAUCAUCAGCGUCGUUGAUUUAACCAUUGGGUACGAUAGCACGAACCCGCCAAAUUACACCCCCUUUCUGCCCAUCUCUUCUGGACAUAUGAUUCAAUUCAGGGCGAAAAGCAGAAACAAUGGGACGAGCAUUACGUUGACUAUACGGACGAGCGGCACCGAGCCAAAGAUAAAAUACUACGCGGAGGGAAGUGGACGGGAUGAAGAGGAAGUGAGUGGGUUACUUGGGAGAGUUGUAGAGGAAUUGGGUCAAGUGUGGAUGGAGGAUGAGAAAAACGGACUUAAAUAA